AUGCCUGAGAAACACCCACAUUCCAUUAUCAACAUGACAGAAGAAAGUGUUGAAAACAGUGGCUUCAGAUUCUGGAGAACUACUCUCAAGUCUUGUAAAUAUGUUGUGGCACCAAUGGUGGAUCAGAGUGAACUAGCAUGGCGCAUGUUAAGUCGGAACUAUGGUGCUGAACUGUGCUACACUCCGAUGUUUCAUGCUUCAUUAUUUAUCAAAGACGCAGUCUAUCGCAGGGACUCACUGCAGAUCUGUCCAGAAGAUCGACCACUGAUAGUACAGUUCUGUGCCAAUGAUCCGGAGACUCUGCUUAAAGCAGCCAAGUUAGUGGAGCCGUUCUGUGAUGCCAUUGAUUUGAAUCUCGGCUGUCCUCAAGUUAUUGCCAAGAAAGGUCACUAUGGAGCAUUCCUUCAGGAUGAGUGGGACUUGCUGGCUAGAAUGGUGCGUAUCUGCCAUGAGAAUCUCAAAGUUCCCAUCACUUGUAAAGUUCGAAUAUUUCCAUCCGUUGAGAAGACAGUUGAGUAUGCCAAGAUGCUAGAAGAAGCUGGUUGUCAGCUGCUGACAGUUCAUGGGAGGACCCGAGAGCAGAAAGGCAGACUGACUGGGGUAGCUGAUUGGUCCUACAUCAAGGCAGUCAGAGAGGCUGUGAAAAUUCCGGUGUUUGCUAAUGGCAAUAUACAGUACUUGAGUGAUGUGCACAGGUGUUUGCAGGAGACAGGUGCACAAGGUGUCAUGAGUGCAGAGGGAAACUUGCACAAUCCUGCACUCUUCAGUGGAAAGAGUCCAAAUAUCUGUGAUAUAACUAUGGAGUAUUUACACUACACAGAUCUGUACCCGUGUCCUUUGUCGUAUAUACGAGGUCAUGUUUUCAAAAUAUGCCAUCAUGCCUUGACAAUUCAUCGAGAUGUAAGAGACCUAGUAGCUUCAGCCAAGUCUGUACAAGAUAUAAAAACAGCAGCUGAAAAAUUGAAAAUUUCUUGUCAGGCUGAUAUUGAUCGUUAUGAACUGCAACCAGAAUUAUUCACAACAAAACUCAAACUGCCAUUGCCUUAUUGGAUUUGUCAACCAUAUGUUAGACCAGGGCCUGAUGAUGAAGAAGAUGCAGAACACAAGGAGCUGCGGCAGCGCCUGAACCUAAAGCGAGCUGAAGACAAGGAGAGGAUAUUCCCAGGAGAUACGGUACUCUCAAACAACAAGCUGAAGAAACGAUUGAAGCAUCCCCACAAAAAAUUUAAUGUGAGGCAGAAAUUAAAGUUUGAAGCUUGUCAGCUUUGCCCAAACCCAAAGGGUUUGAAAUGUGAGUACUGUCUCUGCAAGAGCUGCUGUAAGGCUAAAGCCAGUAAAGAACAUCUCGCCUGCACAGGACAUAACAUCAAAAGAAAGAAUGUUCAAGAUAAGGAGAAAGUUGAAGCUCCUACAGAAGAAGCAACUAUUGAAGACAAGAGGCUAUGUACGGUUGGAAAGCUUGACUCUCCAGGCUGCCAAGAUCCUCAAGCACUUCAGCCUUCUUGUGAUAUUUCAGUAACUAGCUUGAAUGAGAGUAAAAUAUUAGCUAGUGAAACUUCAUGUGUAACAAAUGGAGCACAUCACCAGCCCAGCGAUACUCUGUGA